UUUUUUUUUUUUUUUGAGUAAAAAAUUGUGUUCUGGCAAAGAAAGAAUUCUCAAAGUUAAAAAAAAAGCUUUGAGAUGGACCCUGACGGGCGCAUUGAAGUGAUGGAGGAAGACAAAAUUUGUGGAAGCAAGUGAAGUGUGAAUUUUUUGGAAACAAUGGGGAUGGGAUCUUCCUUGUUAGAAAAAUUUCCUAUUAAAAAUGGUUGGAAUGGAAUUGAUGAGGGAAUUUGCGAAGGUUGAUUUACUUCGGCAAUUCUUGCGGUGUCACCAAAUUCACUCACCCGCAACGUUUAAAUAAGAAUUUAAACUGGGCAUAAGGAAUGCUGGUUGGUUGCUUUGGUUGGUUUGAGUGACAAAAAGAAGGCAUCCAAGAGAAUUUCUUGACCCAACUCUUCACGGAAACAUGCGUUAAUCGCAAUGAAUGACGCCCGAAUUAAAGCAUGAAGUGGUGACAAAUAUUUAAAAUGUGGACCCCCGUUUGGGAGGUGGAUCAGUUACACGGUGGACAGCAAGUGGUGGCGAUGGUGCUUCUCGUGGUGCUCUGUGCAGUGUUACUCUCAGGUGGUGCAUACGGUGGGAUUCCCUAUGCUAAUGAUUUUCCCUACGUGAGUUAUGGGUACGAGGGUGGGGCUUCCGGAUCCGCGGAUGCGAGUGGUUUUGUGCAGAAUCAACUAUCGGACAAGGGGAAUAAUCUCAAGGCGGCGCAGGAUGUGUCAAAGUUCUACAAUCUUGAGAAUGUUUCCAAUGGACACAAUUUGGCGCAUGAGAAGCAAGGAGCGAGUACGGAUACACUCAAGCACACAACAGGAGAGGACUUUGAGACGGAUAAGAAGCACAAUAGGAAGCACGUAAAGUCAGGCUUCCACAAUACCUACCACAAGGAUGAGAGUGGGAGCAAUAGCUCAUAUUAUGAGGAUUCAGACGACAGAGGUGGGAAGCUCGUGUACGAUAAGAGGCAUGGAACGAAGGGGGAUGCACAUGAUUCGCAGUACAGGGAGAAUUUACGCGAUGGAAGCCUGCGGGAUAAGUAUGAUGAUCGCUAUGGGGGCUACGAUAAUCGUGGGACACACGAUCGGCAUCAUCUUGUAGCAGAGGAUCAGGGGAAUCGUCUGGGGCAUCGGGAUAAGUACGUACGUGGUCAGGCGGAGCGGUAUGAGAUGGUUGACGAUGGCUACGGUCAUAGGCCCUAUGCCAUUGGGAUUCGUGAGAAUUACGGCAUGUUGCACAGACCACUGGACGACAGACGACCUCUAUAUGAUGACUACGGUUCCGGUGGGCACCACCAGCAAUCCCUGUAUGCUGCGCCCCUGAGGGGUCAUCAUUUGGGUACAGUGGCGGGGGUGUCGUCGUUGACGCGUCCACGGGAGGAUGGCUACUUUGCGCGUCACCGGAUUACGAUUUAUGAGGACCCCAGGGAUAUGUUGGAGUCCAACAGGGGAAGUCUCCUUGACUCGAGGCGUCCGGACUUUGUCAGCGGUGCCGGGGGCGAAGGCGGAGCACCCUUCAAUGGGCCAAGAUUGGAUUUUCAACCCAGCCCUUUUCGCUUCAGGGAUGAACGACGUUCAGAUUUGAGAUUCAGGGACUUUUAAUCACCAAAAAACUCAUGUUUAGUUUUUUAAGAACUUUUUUCUUCUAUAUUUUUUUUUAAAUGUAAAUUCGUGCAAUAAUCCUUCGAUGGAGGAUACAUGGGCACGUGGGGUCAAUAAAAAGAGGUAGAUGGGUACAUAACAAAGAGUUUCAAAAGUCCUUUUGUUUCUUUGCUGCCAAAAGAGAGUCAAUUUUGAUUUC